AUCCGAAAAAAAAGAAAAAAAAUAAAAUACGGAAAAUCAGAAAAAUCAGUCUAUCGAAGAACAAGAAAAAACAAACCCCUAAAAAUGGGGCAAAAAUCAAAACCCUAGAAAUCCGAUGUAGAGAUCGCCCCCUUUCGAUCUUUCUCAAUCUCUCCGCGAGCAGACGAUCGAAUCCAUUGCUCGAAAACCCUUGAUUUCGGACAUCUCAUCCGUUUCUAGCACCAGGUAGGGGUCUUCAAGGACUGGGGAAUCGAGAAACCCUAGAUCGGAAAAGAAAAACGAGAAAUUUACGAUUGCAUCCGAUUCGAUUGUUGCUUUUGUUGCAAUUUGGGAAACAGGCGUGAUUUUGGGGAACGUAUGCGUUGAAUUUCGGUCUGGAAUUGUUAGAAUCUGGUGUUGUUUUGUGGCUUGAUCCUGAUUUUGUUUCUGAGAUUUGAAUCUGAGGGAUUGGAGACUGUUGGAGACAUCACGGUUUUUUUUGGGGGAGAUGAAUUGAGCUGGACAUUUUAAAGAUUUGGUUACUUUUGGGGAAGAAUUAGGUUUUUUGGGAGUCGAAUUUAGUAGAUGAUUGGAGGAUUGAGGGGGAUAAGUUUGGGAAUUUGAGGCCUUUUUUUUUGGAGGUAAAUUAGGGGUUUUCUAUGAUGGUUGUUGGUUUGGGGAUUGGGGCCUUGAGAAAUUAGGGUUUGUAGGAGUUGAAUUUAGGAUUUGGUUUUACUAUUUGGGGGGAGUUCUAAGUAGAGUCUAGAGAUUCAGGAAUUUGAGUUUUAUUUGGGGAUUUUUUCUUUUGGGAGCUGAAUUGAGUAGAUGUUUGAUGGUUCGGAGGAAGGAGAUGAUAUUGGUGUUUUUGAGGUUUGAUCAUAUAUAAUAUCAAAGGCCAAUAUUUUUUUUGAUCUAUUGUUUUCAUUAAAAAUGCACGCUAGGCAUCGCAGCCCAGGCGAUGGAGUUAGGUCGACUUCAGUAGGAAUGUACAAUUCUGAGUACCGGAGUUUCAAUCGAGGGUUUGGACGGGGCCCACCAAAGGCUUACCCGCCACCUCCACCACCGCCUCCGCUUCCGCCUCGUAGGGUUGGUGACAUUUUCAUGGAAGCUGGUCGGCUUGCAGCGGAGUACUUGGUUUCUCAGGGUGCGCUGCCUCCCAGUUCACUUCCAGGGAAAUGGCAGAAUGGUAGUAAUGUUCAGGAAUUUAGAGCACAAGAUAGAGAACACCUGCCAAUACCUCCUGAGGGCAGGAAUUUGUCCUUCGGUCGGUUCGGGAAUGUUGGUCCUGAGGGUGGUUCUGGUCGGAGAAGGUUUCCUGAUGAGUUCAAUUCGAUGGGGCCAAGAAGUCGUAUGAGAGGGAGGAGGAGAAAUGGACAUCUUAGAGGUUAUGGUUCAGAUUGGAAUAGAGAAAAUGGAAGGAGUGGACCAUGGUCGGAACAAGCCAGGGGUUUUCCUGAUAUAGUGGAGGGCGAGGAUGAUUUUGCUGGUGGGUAUCAUCGAGAUCCAAAGGUAAGUUUUGACUUUGUGGGCGGGGCCCCAAAAUAUUUUGCCUAUGAACAAUCAUCAAAGGACGAAAUGUCAAUUGACUACGAAUCUGAGCUAGAAACAUAUGAGUUCCCGAAUGAUGCUGGUUCCAAGGCAAGUUCUUCUAGCACACUGAAAGAACUUCCUCCCGAGACAGAUGCAAAUUUGAACAAAGCAGCUGAUGAUGCAAUAGGCAUCAGUUUGGAUACUGGCGAGGUGAAAGACAUAAAACAUGAAGAGGAAAUGGAGAAAGAAACUGUACAAGAGAAGUUAGAUAAGCAGGAUUGUUCAGUGGAGGAUGAUCCAGUGAGCAAGCAUGGCAGCGAUUUGCUACAACUGUGCAAUUUUACAAAAGUGCCAACCAAGACCCGCUCUUCGUUGACAUCAAAGGCGUUGAAGGUUGAUCAAAGCCCCACUACUGAAGAGAGGAGUGCAUCUGAUGUUGCUCCUGCAAUGUACAAAAUCCCUGAGGAAGAAGUUUCUAUUGAUGGCUCUAAAAGUGAUUUGCUUACAAACCCAAUCCACAUUUCGGAUAACCUUGCUUCUGAUGACAUUUCUGAAGUACCUUCUGUUCAGUCUGUUGACGAGGCUCCAAAUUUGGAACCUGCAUCUGUUGUGGAGAGGGAAAUAUCCCCCAGGCCACGAUCUUUCUCAGAUACACCUUUUACUAACCAAGAAGAAUCAAGUGACUGCCCCCCAGGGUUUGACAUAUGCAAACCUGUCGUUGCGUCAAAUGAAGAUGAAAGUUCUGUGCAGCAUGAGACUAUGAGGGAGGCAACCAAGAGACCUAGGGAAUGGCCUCCAUCUGGGGCUUUGCAGGAUGAUGAGUACUUCCACCUGCAUAACUCAAAAGCGAAACAGUCAUGUACACAGUUUGAGGGACUUUCACCGGAUGUGGUAAUGGUUGAGGCAGAUGACCAAGAGACGGUGGUGGAAGGUGCUUCAUCUCCAAAAGCCAGGGCUGAAUCUGGUAUUGAAUCAAGAGAAGAGAAGCAGUUCCCAUCCAGUUCAUUUAAAAUCUGUGACCUCAACCUCACAGAUGCUUCUGAGAUUACUGAGAACCCACAUGAUCUCGUUCAGGAUCACGUUUCUGCUGAUGUCGCUGAUCUGGGAGUUGAAAAGGAAGCACUGGUGGAUGUUGGAUUGUCGAUCAGUAAUAGCUUCAAGAACACUAGCGACUAUGAUGGAUGUUCAAGCGAUGCCAAAGAGGUUGCAGUCAUUGAUGUGCCAGAUGAUCCUGUUAUAGAAGACAGGGUCUUCGGUACCUCAGAGCAGAAGACCGAAACUAUAUAUUCAAGCAUAGAAAGCUUUCUGAAUCAUACAGAGAAUGCUGUUGAUCUUCCUGAUGUUCAGGAUGGCUAUGGUCAUGCAAUUUCUGAGUUUCUCGGAGCUGAUAUCUCAAAUUGUUCUUCAGUACCCAAUGGCAUUACUGACCUACAGACUGAAAUGACUCUUCACAAUCAAGAGGGAAUGCUGGCUGACGACGAUCAAAUCUAUCUAACACUGGGAGAAAUACCAAUAAGCUUUCUGGGAGUCUGGGACCAGCCCCCUCAGGAGUAUGGGAAGCCUUUCUGAAUUGCUUUGGUGCAUUGCAAUGACAUACUUGUGACCCACAGUUAUAUGUCAGCUAUUGCUUGUACCAGGCCCAAGAAAUCAAGAUUUAAUAUGUGGCAUGCUUAGUUUCUUCUUUCUUGUUAUUAAGGUUGGUGUUGUUGCUGCUGUUCACCAUUCCCUGAUUCCCAUAUCUUUCAGCUUCAUGUAAAAGUACCCGGUUCUCUUUUUUAAUGGAUGAAGCAUGGUAUCAUUCUAAAUCUUCUCCUGAAAUUGAGGUUAUAGAGAUCUCCCCAGGUAAACUUCUUUUGCA